UGACAGUCCCGCCCUCCCUCUGACGCUCCAUCGAGACGUGCGUCCAUAUCUGGACUACUCAGUCCCGAUCAUGCCAACCACCCGCUCCCUGUGCCUGUGCCUGUUCCGCAACGCGCCCCACUUGUUCCUACAGUUCCUAACACUCCCGUUUCAGCGCCUGUCUCGUUGGUAGGGUCCAUGUAUGACAUAGGACAGCUGCCAACCGGUGCACCGCCUCCAGGGGGUCCUGUCAUCCCGUAUAUGAACGAGAGAGAAGCACCCUCGCAACGUAGUUCGCUUUACGCAGCCGCCCAGCCUGAGGGCAGGCGGUCACAGACCCCUCAAUCUUACGUGGCCUCCCCAGUCCCCACUGGUGUUUCCUACCCCGCACCGCCUAUUUCCAGGCAACCGACGCCAAACGGCUCCGUGCAGCGUGCAGGCAGUUCCUCGACGCAUGAACGCCGGCCGAGUCUAAGCCAGAUGGCGGGAAUUACGCCUGGCGCACAUCCGCGGUCUCUACAACCAAGUGGCGGCGAGACUUCGCGUUCGUCCCACAGACAACGAUCAAACGCGUCAAGUAGCUCGCACCAGUCGUUCUCGCAUUAUGACCCAGGCGUGUACAAUGACCCUGCGUAUUUCGCGAGUAGCGAGUCAUUGGUUUCUCGGACGGACGCGAAUACGGCUGCGAAUGGGGGUGGGCCGAGGAGGACCUCGUAGAUGCCCUUACGUUCCCUCCAUUUUGACAUGGGAAUACUCGAACGACUUGGAUGAUUUUGUGUCGCUCGAACUGUCUUUCUUGUUGAAUCUUGAGCAUGAUAUCUAUUGUAUCGCGAAUCACUAACACCGAGUAAUCAACUAACUAGU